AUGUUACUUGAAUUACCGAGGAAUGCCACCGCUGCGAGUAAUGUGCAAGGGUGUCUUCUCAAAGCGUUUCGCAGCGAUGGAAUUCCUAGGGAAUUUGUACGCCUAAUCGAGGAUAUGAAUCAAAGAACAAGUGCUGCAGCUCGAACACCAGCCGGACUCAUACCACCGUUUGAAGUCGAUAUUGGAAUGAGACAGCAGGCUGGACAAGCCUUCGAUGACAUGAUGUUAAGAACAGUUGAGCGUUGUCUCGCCGACGUCGUUUAA